AUGCAGCUGCCCUCGAGCCUAGAACUACGUGAUGUUGGAGAUGCGUCAAUUGACCGCAGUGUGCAGACAUGGAACUAUGUGUGCCAGUCACUAUGCAUCAUUGGAAUGACCCUUUUCUUUGGGCUCCGAGUCUAUACACGUUGUUUUAUUCUUAGUGGUUUUGGAAAGGAGGAUUGGGUAUGCUUAGCAGCAUGGUUUCUCGGGGUCUGCUAUUCUAUCAUUGCUCUCAUCAUGGGACAUUAUGGAGGAGGCUUACAUUAUUCUGAUGUCGCGCCCAACAAUCGAAUUUCAUUCCAGAAGACCGUUUAUGUUACAAUGGUCAUGUACGGACCAACGGCCUAUCUGACCAAAGUCCUACUCCUGUGGAUCAUGGCUCGAGUUUUCAGUCCCUUCCGCAAAUCUGUUCUCUUCAUAUAUGGCUUCAUGGUGCUCAUGCUAGGCUAUUACAUCCCGGCCGUAAUCGUGAAGAUCCGAAUUUGCAAUCCGAUCUCUCUUUUCUGGGACGUUAAUGUUGACGGAACUUGCCUGGACGAAACUUCCAUUAUCCUUGCCGAUGCAGUCGUCAGCUGUGUCAGCGACCUCAUUAUUCUAUUUCUUCCUCUGCCAUUGACUAUGACUCUGCAAAUGUCAAAGAAGAAGAAAAUGAGAGUAAUCGCUAUCCUUGGUGCGGGUGGAUUAGCUGUCGCGGCCAGUAUCAUCCGUUUGAUACUCAUUGUGCUGACUGGUCAAUCCAAAGAUGCAACACUGGCAUUCAUGAGAAUCAAUAUGCUUGGAAACGCCGAAAUCGCAAUAGGAGUGAUUUGCACCUGUCUUCCCGCUCUCUCCGCCCUUCUUAAGCGUGCCCUCAACGAAUAUUCCAGCGACAAGCAAACCCACGAAUCGGAAUACAAGCUCAGCUCCAUGAGAAAUCAGACAAAGACAGAGCGGAGCAGAAAGCAGAUUACUGUACAAGAAGCUGAGUCGGAUGAGGAUAUGCUCGUCUCCAAUGCGCAGAGCAACCCGACGCAAACCACAAUAUACGGCGAUGCCGAGGAGCGAGGAUUCUCGCAUGCUGCUACCAUGGGCGGUAUUGGAAUCACAAGGACAGUCAAUGUCUCUACGUCAGUCGAGUCGCGGCCUCAAUAG